UGAAGCACUGAAGCCAAGAGCAGAGAGCGAUGGCACAGACCACCCUGCUACCCUGUAGCACGCACAGCCUCUGUCUGCACGCUGAAACCGCUGUCUAACAACCCCGAGGCACUCUCAGUAUGGAGGCUGUUGCCGAGAGCGCUGCGCACGUCGUCGAGAGCGCUGCGCACGUUCCCAAGAGCGCUUCGACGCACGUUGCGGCCGUUGGCAUGGACUGCACGAGAUCUAGUGGUAACCCGGAGGCUGCUGCCACCGCGGACGACGAGGGCGGUGAGCGCACCACUACCGGCAGUCCGGAGGUCGCUGCUGGCGGCUUUUCAAUGGACGAGGGAUUGGAUCGCCCUCCGAAGAAGCAGCGGGCGAGGGUGGAGGAGGACACCACGUACGAGGGGGCUGAUGGGUCUGUGGAGUGGUCCAGUGGCCUAAAUGCGGACGUGAUGCAACUCAUCACGCAAUACUGGGGCGGAAUGGAUUUCGACUUGUUCCUCGGUUGUGUGAGGAGGAGUUUGCCGCAAACACAUGGGACGGACAAGACGUUCCCGAACACCAUGGCCAUUAUCCUAUCGUCCCACCGCUUGGCGUCAGCUAUAAAGGCGGGAUGGGGGCAGCGGGGAUGUAUGCUUGCCGCAGCAACGGGCAACAUUAUGAUAUUUGAAGAAUCGAAGUUUACGUUUGGAUGUACGCUGGAGAGUGGGUUGUUGGAGGCAGCUGUUCGAGGCAGCAACACAACGAUUGUCGAAGAAAUACUAAAGCAGUGCGUGGAACAGGAGUUUCCUAUGGACAAAGACGCCUUCGCGCUGGCGGUAGCCUCAGGUAACGCGGAUAUGGUGGGCUCAGUAGGAGGUUACGUAAGUGCAGAUGAAGGUGUGAUUUGCGAUGGACUAGAGCGGGCAGCUAAGGAGGGCGACCUAGGCAUGGUGAAGACUCUCUGGGAAGAGUUUCCCGACCAGGUGACUAAAUACCAGCUGCUAAAUACGCAAUGAGCGGGAUGAGCAUAGCGAUAGAGGUGCGGCCUCACACCGUCACUUUGAGGUGGCGGAGUGGUGCGUGAGGGCCAUUCACCGAGUCACCGACUUGAGUGCGGGUAAUGUCGAAGAAGUUAUGCGCCAUUUACGUGUUUUGAGGCCACUAGUGCAGUGGCUACACGAAGAGGGAGUUUUUGCCCGUUGGGGGGCGUGGUUCCCCUUCAUGGGGGGCCAGAGAAGGGAGUUUGGAGUGGGUGCUGUGGUGCUUGGAAAGUGGGUGGGACUACGACGAUGGGAUCAUGGAGUCGGCUGCGAGGGGAGGCCAUUUUCGCGUGGUGAGGGGGUUGCGGGAGCGCGGCUACCGCUGGACUGCCGAAAUCUGCGGGUUGGCAGCUGAGAGUGGGGACCUGGAGUUGCUGAAGUGGUGCCUGUUGAAUGGUUGCCCAUGGUGUUGGGCCAAGGUAGUGAAGGCAGGGCGGUCGCGUGGUUGUUUCCAACAAAAGGGGUGGGACGUUUACGAUUGGUGCGUGGACGUGGGCGGGGGGGAAGUACUGAUGGACGGGGCGUGGGUCCCCAUGGUGGUUGUCAGUUGUACUGGGUAGGUUCGGCAUAUCGUGCGCUGACGUUCUGGAUUUGCAUACAGUGUUGAAUUCCUUGACGGUGUGGAGUCGAAUUCGGCUGUGUUAGUCGGCGUGAAGGUUCGGUCGCCGUCGUUUAUGCACAACCGUCGGACAGCAAUGCGAGUCAAAUGUCAUGGACCGCGAAAAAUGUACGAUCAGCACCGUCCACGUGCAGGCGAGUCAUGUCGGGAGUCAUGUAAGACACAAUAAAUAAUGUCGCAGUUUC